UGCUGGAUAUUCAUCAUCCGGAUUUGAAGGAGGUUAUGGAGGAGGUUAUGGAGGAGGUUAUGGAGGAGGAUUAGCCUCAAGUGGAUGGGAAUCAUCCGCAUCUUAUGGUGGUGCCGGAGGUUAUGGCGGAGGAUUUGAUGCCGCAGCAGCCGCAUUUCACAGCGCUGACGCAAAUGCUGAUGGUACAUUAGAUCAAGGUGAAUUUAGUCAAUUCGUCUCUGGUGGUGUAUAUUAA